GCAUUCAUCGAAAUUUGACGUCUUUCGGUUUGUUGGGAGUGUUUUUCUGUUUUUCAGUCUUCGACGGUCGGUCUCUGUUGUGUUUUUGGUGUAAAAAAAGCCUCUUAAAAAUACAAAUCCGGAUGGCGUGUGAUCGUGUGAUGUUAAUCGUUAACUUUCAUUAGUCUUAUGUUUGCAGAAUUCAACUCUUUAGGCAUUUAUUUCAAUUGAAAAAAAGAAAACUAUAAGCGAAAGAAAUCGAUGUACAGAUCAGUGUCAUUGUUCUGAUAAUCGCCUAUAAAAAUAUCCAGUUAAUCAAAGUGCAACAAAAACGAACAAAUGCAAUAUUCAUUGGAUUUCGGAUAAACCUGAUUAAAAUAGAACUCAUCGUUGCAGCGGUAUCAAUGAGUUAAUCCAAGGGAGGACAUUGCACUUUUCAUCACCAUUUAUCCCCAGCAUAUUCAAAAUUGUUCUCGUAAUGAUGAUGAGCAAAAAUUCCAUGACUAAGCGGAAAACGCUUAUAUUUGCUUGUUUUGGCAUUGCCAUUGGCCUCUGCAUAGGAACGGUCCUCAAAAAUUAUAGGGCCCUGGAAAUUGUAAAACGUUGUAAUCCAAAACCGAACAAUCAGAAAACGCCUUUCGAAAUUAUAGGCCUGGGUCCAGAUGACACGAUACAAAACUCCCAAAAAAAUCUUGUAUUCGUUGGUGUGAUGACGGCAAAAAACUUCAUUGAAGGUCGAGCGAAAGCUGUCUAUGAUACCUGGGGCAAGGAGGUGCCAGGGCGUAUUGCCUUUUUCAGCUCGGAGGGUUCGUUUUCAGACGAAUUGCCAGUGGUCGGUUUGAAAAAUGUUGACGAUCGUUAUCCGCCACAAAAGAAGUCAUUUAUGAUGCUGUACUAUAUGUAUGAAAACUUUAUAGACAAAUUCGAAUGGUUUAUACGGGCCGAUGAUGACGUUUACAUAGAGCCGCAGAAAUUGGAAAACUUUCUGAGAUCUAUAGACAGCUCUAAGCCCCAAUUCAUAGGUCAAGCUGGCAAAGGAAAUACCGAAGAAUUUGGUUUGUUGUCCCUGGAGUUCGAUGAGAAUUUUUGCAUGGGCGGCCCGGGUGUCAUUUUAAGCAGUGAAACUUUAAGAAGAGUCGCCCCUCACAUACCAACUUGCCUAAAGAAUCUCUACAGCACCCAUGAAGAUGUCGAAGUGGGACGUUGUGUACAGAAAUUUGCUGGCAUUCCUUGUACGUGGAACUAUGAGAUGCAAUACAUUUUGAGGCACAAUUCCAGUGGCCGCGCAGCAUUUACAGGAAAACUAAAGCGUAAAGAGAUACACAAUGCCAUCUCGUUGCAUCCCAUUAAACAGGCUCCACUAAUGUAUCGUCUACAUUCCUAUAUUCAGGGUUUAAAAGCUGAAGAGAUGCGCCAAGAAUCAUUGACGCUGCAUCGUGAUAUCAAACGCAUGGCUAAAUAUUUGGAAAUACCAGAAGAUAGCAAAUAUUUGGUUCCGGGCAUCACAUUAAUUCCAGAGGAAGAAAACAGUAAAAGGCACAUAGAGGAUCACAAUAUAUUGGGUAUUAGCCCAGAUUUGAAUAAAUGUGUACCUAAAACCCGAGAGGAUCUUUUAGAGUGGUCUUUCAUUGCAAGAGGUCUAUAUUCCAUAGAGCAUGCCAAUCCCAAACACAAAAUCGAUUCUGCCACCAGAGAAGGCCUAGAAGAUGUCAUUACCGAAGUUAUGGAAAAUAUUAACAACUAUUCGCGCCAGCGAGGACGUGUUAUAGAAUUUCGUGAGUUACUGUAUGGCUACACCAGACUUAAUGCUCUACAUGGCCAAGAUUUGAUAUUGGAUUUGUUGUUGAUAUACAAAAAAUAUCGAGGCAAGAAAAUGACGGUGCCAGUUAGAAGACAUUUGUAUGUACAGCGAGCGUUUACUGGUAUAUUUAUCAAGGAGUUCGAGGAGGACUUCUACAAUACCACUCUACACAGAAGUUUCUUUAAAAACAUUCUCAAUCAAGGUGUGGAGAAAUUGUCCAAUCAUUUUUCUUUGCCUGGACUCCUGUCAUCGGCCAAAUCUCCAAAUGGCGGAGGAAAUUCAAAAAUUGUGUUCGUCUUACCCAUAGCGGGACGUUUAGCCACUUUCCAGCGUUUCUUGGAGGUAUAUGAAAGUGUAGCCCUAAAAGAGGAUAAAAAUUGUGAUUUGCUUGUGGUGAUUUUUGGCAAAGGUGAAGAAGUAAAUGAUCAUCUGGAAUUGUUGAAGCAACUGAAGGGUCGCAAUAUAUACCAUCAAAUAAACUAUAUACUUCGCCAGGAGGAGUUCUCUCGAGGAGUGGCUUUGGAUACAGCUGCACGAUCGUCUUAUAUACACGAUGACAAUAUUAUACUUUUCAUAGAUGUGGAUAUGAUAUUCAAAUCGGAAACACUGCAAAGAAUUCGCAUGAACACUGUACAAGGAAAACAGGUUUAUUUGCCUAUUGUUUUCAGUCAAUACGAUCCCCGGCGGCAAGAACAGCAAUAUAUCUCACCCGAUGAGAUAACAAAUGAAAGUGGUUACUUCCGCCAGUUUGGCUUUGGCAUAUGUGCCAUCUAUAAGUCGGAUAUCAUGGACGAAAGCAUUAAUGGCUUUGACAAAGACAUAACAGGCUGGGGCCUGGAAGAUGUCAAGUUCCUGGAGAAAAUUGUCAAGAAUGGACACCAUCAAAAUUCCUUUAUGGUUAACACAGCCGAAGUUUCCGAAGAUUACAAUGCGAAAGCUUCACAGCUGCGGCGCCUCUCAGUAUUCCGAGCGCCAGAUCCUAGUUUGGUACACAUUUAUCAUGACAUCACAUGUGAUGUCAACCUAGAUGUGGCCCAGUACAAUAUGUGCCUUGGCACAAAGGCGAAUUCAUUGGGCAGUACCCAUUUAAUGGAGAACUUGUUCUACGACAAUUUCGAAAAUGUUGAAUUUAUUAAAGAUUUUAACCGCAGAAAAGAGAUGAGAUGAUGGGCUUAGUUUAUCAUAACUUUAAGGGCGGGAAUUUA